AUGCCGCGGUCGGUUGCGUCCCUCGACAGCAUCUCUCUUUCCUCGGAUAACUCGUACGACAUAGAAGAAGAGGAGCGUAUCGCUGAGCAGGAAUGGAAUGAGAGCAUGGCUCAAUUGCAGCAGCUCGUCUCCUUCAUCCUCCUACCGAUUCUCGGGAGGUGGCUGGGCCGAAAAUGGAGCUACUGGGCAUACGCGCGCUACCUUAGGUUUGGAUUGGGCAAGUCGUUCUUUCUUGGGGAGCAAAGGUGA